AGUUUUGUAAACAUUGCGGCAGCAAUAUUUUAAGAUUGUAAAUUAUUUAAGUUUUAACUAAGAUAAAGUCUUUAAACAGCAUCUUUUUAAGAUUAUUUUACUUUUUUCUGUAUUAAAAAUCAAAAAGCGUCAAAUGACAGCAACACAACUUCUUACUAAAGCCAUUCAAUAUGAGCUUUGUGGUCGGAAGCUGGAAAGUCUCAAGCUCUAUGAAGAUGGAAUCAGUGAGUUAUUGAAGACAUGUAAAGCUGAAGCUGAUAAAGAAAAGAAGAAACAUUACCAGAAGAAGCUCACCGAAUACAUGGAUCAAGCUGAGAAACUUAAGCAGGCAAUUUUAAAUUGGGGAUCAAAAGGAGAAAUUCGUGAUAAAAUUCACAUUGCAGAAAAUGCUAAAAAUUACAGCUAUCAUCGAAUAUUCGGAAAAUAUCUUACUGAGGAUGUUGAGGAAAUUUUGAUUGAAGAGCCGUAUAUGAAGGAUCAUUACCAUCUCUGCAAUUUGGUAAUGUUUUGUGAAUUGGCAGUCACCAAUUGUAAAAAUUUAAAAUGUAUUAGAAUAACAACGAACAAAGACACGAACAAGGAAUCAGAACAGGAUAAAGGCUUACAAUCCAUCGCUAACAGUUUGUUGUUACAUAAUGUAUGUUUAAGCAUAAACUACACAAGCAGUCUUCAUGACAGACAAAUCCUUCUAAGCAAUGGUUAUAUCAUUAAAAUUGGAAGAGGAUUGAACUACUUUAAGCCUUUGGCAGGUAAGCUAUCAUUAGGUCAAUUCAACUAUAACUUCCGUGAAUGUCGAGAGACAAAUGUUGACAUCUUUUAUUGUCCAGAAAGUUACAAAAUGUAAUACGAUACAAGAAACGCCCAACGACGUGUGUUUCAUUAAGAAAGCCAUUGAAUAAAGUUUAUUUUAUAUCUUUCUCUUUAA